AUGGACACCUACAGAGACUCACAAGCUUCCUCCUCCUCAUCCACUCUCUCCCUAACCUCGGACUCGCCCUUGACGACUCCAGGCUCCGGGUCUGAGAAUGGUGAGGGCGUCGGUGCUUUCUUCGACAGCAACAACAUCCCUUUCAACGCUGACCCCAAGCGCUACAUUCUUGUGAUUGGUGGCCUAGGCUUCAUCGGAUCUCACACAGCACUGGAGCUCCUCCGCAACGGAUACAAUGUCAUCAUCGUCGACAAUCUCAGCAACAGUUAUCUUGAUGUCCUCUUCAACAUCAAGAAGCUCGCGGCCAAGGACUGCAUCGCUAAAGGACGCGUGAUGCCCGCGGUGCGCUUCCACAAGCUCGACUACCAGAGCAGGGACAUGCAGUGCCUGCUCGACAGCUACUCGGAGCCCGUCCCCAACCCCGCCCCGGCCGAAGGUGGCCGACAGCGUCUGACAUAUAGGUCUCAAAUCGUGGGCAACAACGUCUGCGGCCUGGUACGGCUGCUCCGCCAGCUGGCCAAGUACAACAUCCGCAACUUUGUCUUUUCCUCGUCGGCGACAGUCUACGGCACCAAGGCCAACGCCGGCAAGCUUCUCCGCGAGGAGGACAUUGUUCACCACGAAGAAACAUUCGUGGAUGAGCAUGGCAAAGAAGUCAAGGCAGAACCCACCAUGGUAGGCCUCACCUGCCCAUACGCGCGUACAAAGUAUUUUGCCGAGGCGAUCCUUGCCGAUGUCGCGGCAUCGGAUCCUGACUGGCGCAUUGUCACUCUUCGAUACUUUAACCCCGUCGGUUGUGACCCGUCGGGCCUUAUUGGCGAAUCCCCACGCCAAACACCCACCAAUUUGUUCCCAGUCAUCGCUCAGGUGCUCACUGGGGACCGGGAACGCCUCGACAUAUUCGGCAGCGACUGGAACACAUCAGACGGCACGCCUGUGCGAGACUUUAUCCACGUAAGCGACAUCGCCAGAGGCCACAUUGCAGCGCUGGACAAGGCAUGCGACGUACCUUUCCGCACCUACAACCUCGGCUCCGGCACAGGCACCACGGUCCACGAGGCUGUCAAGAGCCUGGAAGCUGCCUCUGGCAAGGCCAUCAACGUCAACUGGACCGGCCGCCGCGCCGGUGACGUCGGUUUCUGCGUUGCCUCGAACGAGAGGGCAACCAAGGAGCUAGGCUGGUCGCCGCGUGAGAGCAUCCCCAAGUGCGCGCAGGAUCUAUGGAACUACGUGAGGCGACUACAAACCACGGAAACCAAGAAAUAA